AGUAAAGUAUGAUAAGUCGUUGAGGCUGAACAAACAGCCACAGUUUACGAACUAUUAAAUAUGUUAUUUUACUUCUUAUAGUUGAUUUCUAUCCUGGACUCACUAUAUUGAAUAAAGUAUUCUUUAGUGUUAGUCUGGUUCUCUAUUUUGGGUCGCGAAUCCUGAUUCUGAUAUAAAGUGAUAAGUCACAUCAACUUAUUAACGUGUCAUUGCAUAAUACGUGUAAGAGAGGAAAAAUAUUACAAACCAUACGUUGAAUCAAAACUAUACUAUUUAUAUUCAAUAAGUGUAAUAUUUGAUUAUUCCCACUGAAGGAACCAUCGAAUAAUACUUGGUUAAUUGAAAUGCACACGAUUAGUUGGUGUUUCGCAUAAAUGUACUAUUCAUAGGAAUGUUUAACUUAAUCUCAUUUAACUAGUUAAAGUAUGAUAAUGUUACUAUACAAUAACUUUUUUUCUGUUUCAGGAGCAAACUAUCUAAGUAAGCUGCAAAAUUUUGAAAUUCCUGUAUAUAUAUCCAUUGAAAAAAAAGAUGCCACAAGUAAAACUAAGCAUUUAUCAGGCAUUACAGUAAAUAAUACCAAGAUGAACCCGAAUUCGAAUCCCACCUAUGGGAUCAUGGAUGCUCACUGUUGGCGAAUCCUAUACUAGGAUGAAAUGGACAUCCAGUACUUCUAGGUUUUCAAUGGUAGUCAAACACUGAUUCAUUCAUGAUCUUAAUCAAAACUCAACAAUUUCCAUGACCAUAUACUGAUGAAUAAAACAACACAAGGUGUAGAAUUGUCUGUUAAAGUUUUUUAUCUAUUGGCUGACUGUUUAGAUUGAAGAUUGAAGAGAUGUAGUUGGAUUUAGAAGUCCCCUACAAACCGAAAAUAUAACCUCACAGUAAUUCUGAGUCAAUAUUACUAAUUUCUAAUAAUAUACUUAUUAAUCACGGAUAAUAUAGGUUUAAAAUUAUAUUGCGGGAUGAAAGAGAUAUCACCAAUUAUAUCUGUAAAUGGUGAAAGAAUUUUAAAGGAUGGAUAUUGGGAAAUAAGUUGAUUUAUGAUCUUACCGGGGGAGAUAUUUUGUUGGGGGAGCUUUUUAACAGUACACCGAAAUGUUUCUGAAAGUCACUGGCACAUACACGAGUGGCUCUUAAGCAAUUUAAGUUAUGCAAUAAAUAAUGGAUGUCAUUUUAGUAAAAUCUCAAGUACCUUAAGUAAAAGGUUUAAUACAAUAAAGUAUUACCACAGUUGAAAGCUACUGAUUAGAAUGAACAUGAAGAAAUGUAACGUUAAUACAAGUCGCAUCAAGCCUUUGAUUGCUUUGUGAUGUUCUAGGCACCGUAAAUACUAGAGGUUCGAAUGACUACAAUUCACGUAAGUGCAAAUACUAGCAUCAUUACAACAGAAUAAAUCAUAAACACUAAUUUGGUCUAAUCACAAUUAUCACUAUCCUAAUAUCAUUUAAAUAUUCAAUUUAAUCCCAAUUUAGAAGACGAACAACGUACGUUCAAAAUCAUCACAAUAUUACACAUAUUCUUGUUAUAAACUUUCUAAUACAUUCAGAACCACUCAACUACUAGUCAAACUUCACAAAUUUACAAAUGUUUAACUAAGUGAAGUUUCCACAUGUAUCAUACACUUCAAUUGCACAAGUGUUUAUUAUUGUGACAUUGCACACUGUGAGUAGUCAGAUAUGUGAAUCGCAUAUAUUUCUAAUCAAACACAUCGUGUACUGUUGGUCACUGGUUGUUGUAAUUAAGGUGCACCAGAUAAUUCGCGUUUCAGAUUGAUGUGUAAACUGAAUGACUUUAUUGAGGAGUAUUUGAAUACUUUGCAGAAUAGAUGGAUAUGAAUGAAAUAAGAAAGGUUAUGUUGAUUGAUGAAACCUCGAUAUGUUGCUGAUUGUGUAGUGGUUGACGACCAGCUCAUUUGUCAGAUGACAAGUGAUGAUAGGUCACGGAAAUUCACAUCGACUGACAAUGUCAUUCGAAUCCCAUUAAACGUUCAUGUGAUGAUGAUGAUGAUGAUGAUGAUGAUGAUGAUGAUGAUGAUGAUGAUGAUGAUGAUGAUGAUGAUGAUGAUGAUGAUGAUGAUGAUGAUGAUGAUGAUGAUGAUGAUGAUGAUGAUGAUGAUGAUGAUGAUGAUGAUGAUGAUGAUGAUGAUGAUGAUGAUGAUGAUGAUGAUGAUGAUGAUGAUGAUGAUGAUGAUGAUGAUGAUGAUGAUGAUGAUGAUGAUGAUGAUGAUGAUGAUGAUGAUGAUGAUGAUGAUGAUGAUGAUGAUGAUGAUGAUGAUGAUGAUGAUGAUGAUGAUGAUGAUGAUGAUGAUGAUGAUGAUGAUGAUGAUGAUGAUGAUGAUGAUGAUGAUGAUGAUGAUGAUGAUGAUGAUGAUGAUGAUGAUGAUGAUGAUGAUGAUGAUGAUGAUGAUGAUGAUGAUGAUGAUGAUGUGA